UCUCUAACAACUCUUUCUCCGGCGGCCAUCGGAGAGCGGUCGGGACGCCAAGAUGAAACUCAACCCAUUUGUAACCUCUUCACGGCGGAAGAAUCGUAAAAGAUACUUCAAUGCUCCGUCUCACAUCCGCAGGAAAAUCAUGUCCUCGCCGCUGUCUAAGGAAUUGAGGCAGAAAUACAAUGUUCGCUCAAUGCCCAUACGCAAGGAUGAUGAGGUUCAGGUCGUCAGAGGUCACUACAAGGGGCAGCAGAUCGGCAAAGUUGUCCAAGUGUACAGGAAGAAAUAUGUAAUCUAUAUUGAGCGCGUGCAGCGUGAAAAGGCCAAUGGUACCACAGUUCAUGUUGGCAUUCAUCCCAGCAAGGUGGUGAUUACCAGGCUAAAGCUGGAUAAGGAUCGAAAGAAGAUUCUGGAGCGCAAAGCGAAAUCUCGCCAAGUUGGCAAGGACAAGGGAAAAUAUAAGGAAGAAUCCAUUGAAAAAAUGCAGGAGUAAUCUUUUGUUCUGUCUUCGUUGCUUUCAAUAAAAAUGGGAGAAAAAAAAAAAAAA